AUGGAACAUUUCGACCUCCAAGAAGUGGACUCACUCGAAGCAAUGGUCAUUAUUGACAAUGAGCUGGACCCCCUGUCCUUGCCAGCUCCAGAGACGGUGGAACUCUCUGGGAACCUGGUCACUAUCGCCAUGAGUGCGGGGCAUGUUCCUACUGAUCGCGGCGGUGCUUACCGAGAGGUACGCAUGGAGGACAUUUGCUGCUCUGCGCAUGGCCUGUCCAUCCUCGUGACAGCUACCAAGGGCGAUAAAAAGCAUUCCGUUCUCUUCGAUGCCGGCCCGGAAGAAGACAUUUGGGAGAGAAACGUGAAGCGACUCCGGCCGGAUCUCGCGUCUGUCGAAGUGAUCCAAUUGUCGCAUUGGCAUCGAGACCAUUCAGGUGGUCUUGGCAAAGCUAUUCGAAUGAUCAAGGAAGCCAAACAAACCCAGGGCAUCUCUGACGAGCUCGUCGUGGACGUGCAUCCAGAUCGGCCCGUCUAUCGGGGUAUCGCUCUGCCGGAGCUUAUCAUUUCCCUCGAGGCCGAUCCUACCUUUGAAGAGCUGUCCAGUGCUGGCGCCACAGUGGACAAACGAAGUGAUGCCCACCUCGUUCUCGAUGACAUGUUCCUGAUCUCAGGCGAGAUUCCACGGGUAACACCAUACGAAGUUGGACUCCGUAAUGCAGUUCGGUUUGAUCCCGAGGAGAAGGACUGGUACUCGGACGAAGUCAUCGCGGACGAGCGCUUCCUCGCAGUCAACUUGAAGGACAAAGGCCUCGUCGUCUUCACUGGCUGUAGUCAUGCUGGUGUAGUCAACACGACAAAACACGCCGUCGAUCUCGUCAGUCCCAGGACUCUCCUUCACGCCGUAGUCGGCGGCUUCCACCUCGCCAUGAGUGAAGAAGCUCAAAUCAACAACACAGUCUCUGACCUAAAACGCCUGGACCCUGCCGUACUAAUGCCAGGCCACUGCUCAGGCUGGCGAUCGAAAUUCGCAAUUGAAAAAGCCAUGCCGGGAACGUUGGUCCCAUGCACGGUGGGCCUCAAAAUUACCUUCUAG